GAACGUGUUCGUGACGUCACUUGGUGUGACUUCCUGUGUGCCCGGGUCCGUUCCUCUAACCGUCCGCUGCUGUGGUUGAGAAGGCCAAGUAUCCGAAUUACGGUCACUUUGGAAGCCUCAAAGCUGUAAGACGUGAUGGCUGCAACACUGCGUGUACUUUACUCGGCAUCAAGGCCAGGUAUUUUUGUGGCCAGCCAGAAUCUAGUGAGGCCCUUCAGUGUGUCUGCACAAAGGGAAGGAUUCAAGUAUGUGAAUGCCCAGGAGAUCCGUACAGACAUGAAGUCCAUCACAGACCGGGCAGCACAAACGCUGCUAUGGACAGAGUUCUUCAGAGGUCUGGGCAUGACAAUGAGCUACCUGUUCAGAGAGCCUGCCACCAUUAACUACCCGUUUGAAAAGGGUCCAUUGUCACCACGCUUCAGAGGAGAACAUGCAUUACGCAGGUACCCCUCAGGAGAAGAGCGCUGCAUUGCUUGCAAGCUGUGUGAAGCAAUCUGUCCUGCUCAGGCCAUCACCAUAGAGGCGGAGACGCGUGCUGAUGGCAGCAGGAGGACAACUCGCUACGACAUUGACAUGACCAAAUGUAUCUACUGCGGUUUCUGUCAGGAGGCGUGUCCUGUGGACGCCAUUGUAGAGGGUCCUAACUUUGAGUUUUCCACUGAAACCCAUGAAGAACUGCUUUACAACAAGGAGAAGCUCCUCAACAACGGAGACAAGUGGGAAGCCGAGAUUGCUGCCAACAUACAAGCUGAUUACCUGUAUCGAUAGACAUCACAUACAGACGUGCAGGUGUACGUGUACAGUUUGACAAACCAACUUUUCUGACACACACAUUCGUUCUGACACAAGAAAAAACCCAGAUGAAACAUUCAUUAGGUUUGUAUUUAGGUUUGUUGUCCAUUCUUAUUUUAAACAACAUGGAUAUCCUCUGGUGUCAGUUCUGAUCUUAUCUGAUAUGAUGAAUAUAUUUUGAUAUAUUUGACAAUGUCAUUGGUUUAGAUAUUUAUUGUAGAAUGAUCAAUACUCCACUGGUUAUUUGUGUGAAGAGUGUAACCCUGGCACAGCUCGGUCUGGUAUGUCGUCAUUCAAUGAAGACCGUGUUGUUGUGUCUGUGAACCGACUUCAUUAACAUGCAGACUGAGACCUGACAGCAUGAGUGUGCACGCUGAGGGAGGACUGUCAUCCUGAUUUCAUUCUCAUUGUCAACACAAGUGUGCACGGUUUAUCCUCGUGUUUCAGUCUCAUCGUCAUCCUGCUGUUUCAACCUUCAGGCAAAUAAACGAGGUUCUGGGAGAAA